AUGGCCGAGAUGAUACCAAUUCCCAUGACGGCGGCGGCACGCGACGCCCUUAUCGCCGCCAUUGUCUUGUGCAUCAUAUACGCCAUCAUCGUCGGUCUGCGAGUCUUGGGUCGUCUGCGAUGGGGUAUACUUGGACCAGACGAUGUUUUGUCUGUCGCAGCCUGCAUCCUGACCAUGACCACCAUCGGCAUGAGCACCGCCGUGUACACAGCUGGCGUCGGCUACGACCUGGACCCAAAGUCGCCGUACUUUCCAACCCUGUACAACAACCUCGAGUACAUCUUGAAGAACACGUUCGCCUUUGUGGGCGUCUACCUGUGGGCGCUGGCGUUCAUGAAGCUGAGCCAGUGCUGUCUGUACUGGCGGGUGUUUGUGACGCAGCUUAAGUGGUGGAUCAUCUGGACGAGCAUCGUCGUGCUCAUCUGGGCCAUCGUCUUGACCUUCAUCGCCAUCUUCCUGUGCACCCCGGUCGAGGCGCAGUGGUCCGUCGACCGCAAGCCCGAGCAGUGCAUGGACCAGAUCUUGGUGCUCAAGACGCUGAUCAUGACCAACGUCGUGACGGACUUGUUCAUCAUGCUCCUGCCUAUCUGGACCGUGUGGCAGCUCAACAUGAAGGCGGCGGAGAAGGCGACGGUCAUUUGUUGUUUUGGGCUCGGUACAGGGUGCUGCAUCAUCGGCGUCGUCCGCUUCGUGGAAAUGUUCACCAUCGACCUGCAGGGAAACCUGACGGGCACCUCGCUCCGCACGUUUAUGCUCUGCGCCAUCGAGCUCUGCCUCGCCGGCUUCUGCACCAACCUCCCGAUGCUGCGACCGUACUACAGGAGGUGGAGGAACAGGAGCACGCAGGACGGCUCGAGCGGCGGCGGCGGCUCGAGGUCGAUGGGCAAGGAGGUCGACGGCGGCAGCCGCGUCCCCUGGACGGACCGCAUCAUCGGCGGGCAGAGGCAGCAGCAGAACCACCAGGCCUGGGUCGAGCUGGACGCCAGGAGGGAUCGCAGCCACGCCAAGAGCAACGACGACGGCGACAGCUCGGUGAGGGCCCUGACAAAGGACAGCGACGGCCUGGGCCUCGGAGGUAUCCAGAUGACGACCGAGUGGAAGGUCGAUAGGCAAUAA